AUGUCGCGAGUUGAAAAUCUUGAAGUCUAUAACAAACUUGAAGAUCCAUCUUCAUACUAUACAAGGGAAAAUAAUCUGAACGAAUCGAUCUCAAUUCUCAUCUCUCCACCAGCUAAUCCAGCGAAAAUACCCAUUCACACACAGCAGAAUGCAAUCGCCACGUCGUCUCGAUCACCACGUCGUCUCCACGACGAGACAUGGCCUAUCUAUCGAGAGAACGCUCCACCACGGCCUCAACCAGUUCAAUCCUUUGGUUUUCGCCGCUCUCUUAUCAAGUGGACUGAUAUGGGCUUUAAAAAAGAGUGGCAUGGGCAGCUCAUCUGGUUCACUCUGGUACUUUUGUUUUUCUUUUGUGUUCUUUUCUUUUUGCCGAAAGGAGAAGGAAAAGAGAAAUACGAGGAGCGACAACGGCUCGCUUUCAUUUGCCGUGAGCUACGGAGAGCAGAGCAAAAACGCGAAGAACGAUUCGGCGAAAUAAUUGUCUCAGAUGGGAAAAUCAUGCGAAUCUUUCCACCAGAUUUUACGAAAAAUCAAGGCCCACUUUGUGUAAAUGAAGAU